AUGCACGGCAAAGAAUUGGCUGGCAGGCUCCGGAAAAGGGAAAAUGAUAAUGAUUUAUCACCAAAUUCAAGCUCUUCUCCUGCUGAAAGAUUUAGGUGCCCACAUCCUGAAUGUAAUAAAACUUUUUCACGCCAAGAACAUUUAUCAAGGCACAAGCUAAAUCACUGGCCGAAAGAAAUAUAUGUUUGUUCUUACGUCCUUCCUACUACAAACGCACCCUGCAAUAAGACGUUUGUGAGGAAAGAUCUACUGAUCAGACAUGAAAAAAGGCAUUCAAAGGUGAAAAACAGGUUAAGUCGGCCAAGCAAAGAACAGAUUUCCUCAUCAAAUAAGGAUCUCUCUAACAAUCCACCGUAUAAUCCUAGCGAAGUACCUAUCUCUACGCAGAAUGGCACUUCUACGAUCAACCUAAUAAAGAAUUCUGCAAAUCCAUCUUCAGUCACACAAGAAUCAAAAUUUCGUUCUUUUCUGCAACAGCCUCAACAGCUCCAGCAGCCACAACAAAUACAACAGCUGCAACAACUGCAAUUCCCACAGCAGCUGCGGGCACCGUUGCAACAACCUAUGUUGCAGCAACCAAUGCAUGCACAGCAAGCAAGUCCUACUUUUCCCUCUUAUGAUCCUCGAAUAAGGAAUAACGGUCAAAAUGGAAAUCAAUUUUUCAAUUUGAUAUUUGAUAACCGUGCAGCUGUUAAUGGAUUUGAAAUAGAAGCACCUAAUAGCAACAGCGACAGUAAUGAUCAAAAUAUGAAUAUCAAUCCAGCCGUACAGCAGCAACGAUAUCAAGACAGAAAUUUUGCAAAUAGUUCAUAUCAACAGCCAAUCCAGCCACUUACCCAGGAUCAACAACAAGAACAAUACUUUCAGCAGCAAAAGCUUGCCCAUCAGCAACAGCAGCAACAGCAACAGCAGCAGUUACCACCCCAGAAUCCAUUUGGAGAUCAAUUAACAUCUUCCUCUAGCGGUGCUAAUUUGUCGGUUAUGCAGGACCUUUUUUCCACAAAUUUUUUGAAUAGUGAUCCAUUACAAUCUUUCAUGCAGGAGCUUUCUGAAGCUCCGCAGGUAAGUAUUGAAGAUACGUUUUCUGACAAAACUACAGUUCCAGCUGAUGAAAAACCGCUUCAACAAGACGAAGGAUUUCAGAACCCUCCAGUUAUGUUUGAGUUACAACAAGAUAACGUUAAAAUACCCAAAGCACAACCUAAGUUCAACGAUAAUCCUAGUACUUCGGUAAAGGAUAAUCUUUCCAGUCAGAAGCUAAACAUAAAUGAGUUAAAACGGAGAUCAUCUAAAGAUUCAGGAGUAGGAAACAAUUUGUCUUUAAACUACAAGGAACAAUUGCGUCAUUCUAUGAAGAGUGUCCCGUCAUUUUUCCAUCCGCAUCCCUUAACAAAAUACAAGAUAUCAAAAGAGAAAUGUCAGGAAAUGUUUGCAUUUGUUCCAGAAUUACGCUAUGUUUCUAUUGAAUCUAUACAUAAAUCGUUGAAAUCAUUCUGGUUAAAUUUCCACCCACAAUACGGUCUCCUUCACAAACCCUCCUUUCACGUAGACAAACAGCCUGCGAUUUUGAAUUUGGCACUAAUUAUGACUGGCGCAAGUUUUUUAGGAAGCGAAUAUCGUGAACAGAUUAGCGACCCAAUUUGUGGUCCCUUAAGGUGGAUAAUUUUUUCUCAUGCUGAUUUUCAACCACCUUCCAAAACCUACAUUAUUCAAAGUUUAUUAUUAGUCGAAGGAUAUGAAAAGACAAGUACAAAUAGGUAUUUACAUGAAAGGUCUUUUUUACAUCACGGAACAACCAUACAAUUGCUAAGACGAACGCCUUCUUUAGGUGGCCAUCCCUUAAUGGUCAAAACCGGCAAAACCUCUGGAGAAAAUUCAAUUCAAGACCCACAAGAAGUUUAUAAAAGAUGGAUUGAUUUCGAAAUGUUGAAAAGAAUAGCUUUUUACGCAUUUUAUAUGGACACUACACAUGCUGUAGUGUUUGGAUACUGGAAUCUAUUCAUCAAUAGCAAUCAGAUACAACUAACUUUACCUUGUCCAGAUCAAGUAUGGGAGUCUUAUGAUCUAAGCUACGAAACUCUGAUGGAGCAUGGGUAUGGCAGCACAAAAAGGGAUGAGAAUAAUACAUUUUUAUCUGCGUUGAUGCAAUUAAUGAAAAAUGUCAUUCGAAUCUUACGGAAUAAUAAUAUACAGAGAAACAAAGUCAACAAUGACGGUAUAGAGAGCACCCCGACAGACUUGGAAAGCACUACAGAUUGGAAUAUUCAGAGUCUUUUUGGUAAAAAGAUUCUCCUAGCAGGAAUAAUUUCGAUCUUAUUCCAAUGCCAAGAGGAAGUUAAUGGUGAUUAUUUCAUAACUAACUUCAGAGGCGGUAUUACUGAUCAUUUGGGUCUUUCAUGGAAAGAUAUCUUAUCAUUUGCAAUGAACUAUUGGCUUCACGAAGUUCAGAAAAGUUGCACUGAUCCGAAAGCAUGCAGGAUAAAUUCUCCAUCUGAGGAGACGCUAAAGAACGGAACAAUUGACGAGGAUAACGGGGAUGGAGCGUGUGAUGACAAUUUGGACUUACUUUCCUCUGAUAAUCCUUACAAUUGUAAAAUACCCGUUAUUCAUAUCUCUCAAAUUGUCUUACGUAUUCUGCAUCAUGAUUAUUAUAUAUAUGCAGGAGCACCUUGGAGAAUGAACGUCCCAAUUGGCCGCGAUGAAUAUGAUAUGAUCAGUCGCAGGAUUCUCCAGUUCGCCAAAGAUCCGUACAAUGGUGGUGUAGCUGUAGUUUAUGCCUUCCAGUUUUUGUUUGAAAUGUUUAUCAUUAAGGAGAACAAUCAUCCAACCGUUGUAAAAAACUACAACGUGAACUCUGAUCCUGUGAUAACAAGACCAUACGCAAUAGCAUUAACUUCGCUUUUAAUUUGGUCUUGUAAUUUUGCAUUACAUGGCUGUGAAGUUAAUGUAUGGGAUAAUACGGAUGCCUCAAACGAGGAAUGUUUACAACAAGGUGACAAUAGUGGAAAUAUUCUCGGUACCUCCGGUAAUAAUGAAUCGACGAUUGCAAACAACAAUUUAAAAGAGAAGAAUAAUUACAUUCCAAUGGAAAGUUUCGAAGUUUACCUAUUAAGAAUGUAUCGGCACUUGUAUGUAGAUAGCUCACUCGAUGUAGUUGGCUUUCAGAAUGAAGUUUGGGCAAAAGCAGGUUUGCUACAACAUAUUUCUAAUACCCACUUUCUAUGCGGGAUGAUGCAGUUUAUGAGAGAUAUUUUUAAAGAGAGUUACUGGGACUUGGGGCGCGAAUUUGGAAAGCUUUUCGAUAACUGUUUGGAAAGGAGUUUGGGGAAAACGUCACCCACGUGUCAUAACAUGUUUGAUGUCUAG